AUGGGGGCACGACAACGUGCUCAGGCGCGAGGUAAGAGAGCAAAUGGCGGGCAGAAAGGCUCCCCACGGGCCUCAAAUCAGGUCAAUCAAUCCAACAACGGCGCUUUCACCAGACACCGAACUUCUGUUCGAGAUUGGCAAGACUUCUCCGAUUCAUUUUCACCGCAUGCUCAAAAUGGGCUGUUAAGCAUGAGUCAAGAGGCUCGAAACACGGAACGUCAUUCGACAGGCUGGGGGGCUACCAAGUUGAGGGAGCAGGCCAUUACUUUUGUCAGUGCUGGCACUCUGGUCAGGGAAGAGCCGGUCACUCUGCGGCAGGAAGAUGAUACAGACAGCGCACCCAAGGAAAACACUCCGGAACAAGAUCCUGUGGAACCAGUUCAGGAUGGUACCGUUGAGCCCAGUCAAGAAGACUCUACAGCUCCCCCGAUCCUUCUACCCGUGGAGGUCUCGGCCGCACCUCAAUCUCAGUCCAGGAAAAAUUCGACCUCAUCGCAGUCUUCAGAGGAGAUAGUCUUUCUUGGUCGAUCAAAUCCACCGGCGAGGAACACGCCCAGAGCCCGUACACCAAUAUCCAUACCUAUCCGUGCUGCCGACCCCGACCCGAAGCCAAAUACCAUUGUCCAUCCAGCUCCUGAGACAGACAUCAAAGUCACCGUUCCACAAAACCAGAGUAUCCCUAAGGCUAUCAACCCUCAAACAGCUCGCCCACGUAACAGACCCCUGGACCGUCGCGAAAGAGCACGUCUCCGAAAUCGGCAAAAAUGGGAGGACGAAGAGGCCAUCAUGAGAGACUACAUUGAAAAUCUAGCAUUUGAUGAUGACAGCGAAGAAGAGGACGCUGGAGGGCGUGGAGGCAGGAGCAAUGAACAUUACAAAUUCUUCGAUGGCUCUGUUCAGGCUAACCAGAAAGUUCAAACCUCGUCGGGAACGGCCAUCAAGGAAACCGUCGGUCAAGCCAUCGAUUGGGAUUCGGCAGACUUGGAGGAUUUUGACGAUUUGAGCACCACUGACGAAGAUGUGGUUGAGAUUACCCAGGUACUGAGACAUCGAGUCCGACCCAGUGGCUCACAAUACCUUGUAACUGCAAGUGGACAGGAUACAAGUGAGGCUCGCUGGAUAUUACAGGGGAAGCUGAAGUCGGCCUCCGCGCUAAAAGAAAUACGCAUUUUUGAAGAGAUCCGCUCCAUGGACAUUGAGGAUACGGAGUCUUCGGAUACGGAGUCAGAGAGUGACGAGGCUCUUGAUGACUUGGUUGAGAAUAUCGAGUCAGAGGAUGAAGAGAACGCCCGCAUACUGAAACACACCUCUCGUAUGACUGACGAGCAGAUUGCUCGGGCGCUCGCAAAGCAAGAAGAGCUUGGGUUGGGCGGCGACGAACUGAUGCUCUUUGACGGUGAAUUUGGAGACGACGAUGACAACGAAGAUGAAUUUGCCGGCGACAAAGAUUUUAUCCCAUUCUCCUCGAAGGCACAUCUUUCCAGCCGUGGCAAGUCGAAGCGCAAUAGACGACAUCGGGAUAACUUCCCGCCUGCCGAGGCAUUUGCCGAUGCUCUUGAGCAAGAUCCCUACGGUGCUUUUGACAUAAUGGAUUUUGAUCGACCGAGUCUCCGACCUAAGAAGAAGGGACGCAAGUCUGACUUACCAUUUGAGCUUGGGCUGGAAGAUGAAGAAUUGGCAGAGCAGAUACGAAAUGCUUGGAGCAAGGAUAGGGAGAAGAAGGCUUCUAGGAAACGCGAGAAGCAGGAGGCACGUGAAGCUGCUCUGCUCGAGGCUUCUGGACGCAACGCCCCAGUCGUGAUCAAGGCCGAGAUCAGACAGUUCCUUGUCCAGGAAGAGGAUGUCCUCAAGUUGGCUCCGAUGGACUCGGCAACGCGGGCUUCGGUCCAUCGACUCGCAAAGGCAUUGAAGUUGAAGUCACACUCGGAAGGCAAGGAAGGACACGGCAUUGGCAGAUAUCCCGUCCUGACCAAGGGCCCUCACACUCCGAGGUUCACCAUCGAUACCAUCUGGGAGAUUGAUGCUCUUAUGGAUACGAGGAAGUUUUUCCCCAAGUCCUGGGGAGGCUCUUACCGAGGUCCGAACUCUGCUCGGGGUGCAGGUGCUGUGAGAGCUCACAGAGGCGGUGGCGGUGCUAUUUCCGGUGCGAGUUACAUGAAUGGCGAGGUGGUCGGCGGGUCUGCUCCAGAGCUUGGUGCCGACAACAAAGGCCGGGCGAUAUUGGAGAAAAUGGGCUGGACAAGCGGUAUGGGUAUUGGAGCGGUCGGUAACAAGGGUGGUCUUGAGGCGAUCAAGCAUGUUGUCAAGACGACCAGAGCCGGACUGGGCUAA